GAUUUUACAUUGGAGAUGGUUUGUUUCCAUUGUGUGUGUUUGUAGAGCUCCCGUUUUUAAGCCAAUUAUAGGUGCUUCAGUCUUUUGAUUGUUACUUAUACGUGUUACCUCUGAUUUAACGGGAAUUGUUGGAGAAGUGACGGAGAAAACUGACAACAGUCAGAUUGUAUGUCAGAAUAGGUGAGGAGCAACAGCCUCUCUUUUCUCUUGUAACAGCCAAGAGGGAGGGAGGAGUUUAAACAAAGGCCCUCUCCACAUAAAAAAUGGAGGCUUGUGCAGAGAAGCCAUGGUGUCCUGCUUCACAGCAUACAUGCUGCCAUUUCUUCUUCUAAAGCCUUCAAAUAAGACGACUACCGCCAGGGUCUACACUGGGAAGCUUCAAAACAGUGUUACACAGGGUUUUGCUGCCCCUGCCUGCACUGAACAAAGAUAAUUACUCAGGAAACAUUUCGGCCAAUCAGAGGCGGCCUUGUAUCCUGCCUGUGAGGAAGGCGACCAGUCAGGAUCUGGCUAACAACACCGGGGCCUGAUCGCCUUGCCUGAAGAACGGAGCCUUCCCCGGCUGAGGGCUGAGAGUGUCCUCCAUGUUUUAUAAGUGUUGACAUAACAGUGUCAGGCAGCCAUGCAUCCACAGAGCAGUCUGGCUGAAGAGGAGAUAAAGACAGAGUCUGAUGUGGUAGAGGGGAUGGAUGUGUCCGUACGAUCCAAAGUCCCUGAUCCACCAGGGUUAGCCGAACGUCUCCCAGCACCACAGAAGAGAAAAGUGUCCAGUCCCACACAUUCCUCCAAUGGACACUCUCCCUCAGACACCUCUCCCAGCCCUCUCAAGAAAAAGAAGAAACCUGGGGCCAUUAACAGUGGAAGCAAAGACCAGUCAGAGCUAAGACAUGGUCCCUUUUACUAUAUGAAGCAGCCAGCACUCACCACAGACCCUGUUGAUGUUGUACCGCAGGACGGGAGGAAUGACUUCUACUGCUGGCUGUGCCACCGCGAGGGCCAGGUGCUCUGCUGUGAGCUCUGCCCCAGGGUGUACCACGCCAAGUGCCUCAAACUACCAGCUGAGCCCGAGGGCGACUGGUUCUGUCCAGAGUGUGAGAAAAUAACAGUUGCUGAAUGCAUUGAAACCCAGAGCAAGGCGAUGACAUUACUCACAAUAGAGCAACUCUCCUAUUUGCUCAAAUUCGCACUUCAAAAGAUUAAACAGCCUGGGACUGAACCUUUCCUGAAGCCUGUGUCUCUGGAACAGCACCCGGAUUAUGCAGAGUACAUUUUCCACGCCAUGGACCUGUCAACUUUAGAGAAGAAUAUCAAAAAGAAAAUGUAUGGCUGCACUGAAGCCUUUCUUGCUGACAUGAAAUGGAUUUUACACAACUGCAUCAUCUAUAAUGGAGAUGGUGACUUUAUUCCAGGCAACCACAAAUUAACAGCGACUGCUAAAGUCAUCAUCAAGAUCUGUGAACAUGAGAUGAAUGAGAUCGAGGUGUGUCCAGAGUGCUACCUGUCUUCAUGCCAAAAAAGAGACAACUGGUUUUGUGAGCCAUGUAGUCCACCCCACCCUCUGGUCUGGGCUAAGCUUAAGGGCUUUCCCUUCUGGCCAGCAAAAGCACUUAGAGAAAAGGACGGGCAGGUAGACGCACGUUUCUUUGGGCAACAUGACAGGGCCUGGGUACCCAUCAACAACUGCUACCUCAUGUCCAAAGAGAUCCCUUUCUCUGUAAAGAAAACAAAGAGCAUUUUCAACAGUGCCAUGCAGGAGAUGGAAGUCUAUGUGGAAAACAUUCGCAAGAAAUUCGGGGUCUUCAACUAUGCACCGUUCCGUACUCCCUACACGCCCAACAACCAGCUACAGAUGCUGCUGGACCCCUCCAACCCCGGGGCUGGGACAGUGAAGACAGAGAAACAAGACAAACUCCGCUUCAACUUCGAUAUCACUGCGUCUCCUAAGAUGCACCUCGGCAAGAGUUCCACACCCAGUGGCAUGAGCCGGAGGGUCUCAAUGAUGGACAUGCCUCGGUCUCCCAUGAGCACCAACUCCUCGGUUCACACAGGGUCGGAUGGAGAGCAGGAAAUGGAAAAGCACAGCAGGAAUCCCGCCUUCCACUACAGCACUGGAGAGGAGUCAAUGGACUGCACUGCGUCUCCUGUGUCAGGGAAGAUGGGUCCUGCAGGCAGCCCGAAGCCCUUUAACCCCGGACUAGUGCCCAAGCAGGAGAGGACUGCAGGGACAGGCGGCAUCCUCAAUCUAAACCUGGACCGGGUGAAGGCUGAGAUGGAUCUGAAAGAGCUGAGUGAGACCGUGCAACAACAACAGCAGCAACAUCAGCAACAGCAGGGGGCCUCAGCUUCCCUCCCCACCCCAAAGAGGUCCAUCAGGAGCCUGGACAAGACUAUUGAGAGUUGCAAAGCACAGCUCGGUAUAGAUGAGAUCUCUGAGGAUGUGUACAAAGGUGUGGAUCACAGCGACUCAGAGGACUCUGAGAAAUCUGACUCAAGUGACAGCGAGUAUCUCAGCGACGAGGAACACAAGCCAAAGAUCUCUGCCCAGGACGACAAGGACAAAGCAGAGAGAAAAAGGCCCAAAGCAUGCACUGAUGGAGACAGUAAGGAGGGAGUUACAAGGACAGUGGAUAAAGCCCCGCCUGAACCCUUGCUCAAAGACAAGCACGGUAACAAUGGCUUAACGAGGGACCUCCAGGAGAAGCCCAGAACACCCCAGCCUCUCGCUGACAAACCCAAAGCCCCAGAGGAGGGCAGAGCACCUGCUGCCACAUCAGCGGCUGAGCAGGACUCUGAUUCUGAAAGAGAGCUGGUGAUCGACCUGGGAGACGAACAUGGAGGCCGUGACACAAAGAGGGCGAGGAGAGAGCCCGGAGCCAAAACUCUCAAAGAGCCCAAUGUUGCCAAGUUGGAAGGUAAACUGUCUUCAUCAGCUGCUGCAUCUGCUCCAUCACGGGAAGCCGUCUCUAACCUAAAAGACUCUUUACAACCGGCUAUCACAGCAGCCCUCAACCUUGUUUCCACUGCAGCUUCCGGUCAGCCCAGUGCUGCCACAGCUUCCAGCGGAUCCACCAGUGCACCCUCUCCUGCCACCUCGGCCUCCACAACAUCGCCAGUACCUGCAGCUGUAAAGAAACAGCGCCCUCUACUGCCUAAAGAGACCGCUCAGGCCGUGCAGAGGGCGGUGGUUUGGAAUCCAACCAAGUUCCAGACGUCCUCCCAGAAGUGGCACAUGCAGAAGGUUCAGAGGCAGCAGCAGCAUGGGGAGCCGGCAGCAGUGCAGUCACCGGCUCAGAGUCCAGGGCAAACACAAAGCCCACAGCAGCUGCAGAACUCCUCAAGUACCCGCUAUCAGACCCGACAAGCAGCCAAGGGGCAAAAAGACGUGCCUCAGAGUGCUUCCUCAUCAGCUGCCCAGGUCACAGGGAGCUCCUCUACUUUCAGUUCAGGAGACGUGCAGAUCCCUACAGGCUCAGCAGACGUGGCUGCUGACAUAGCCAAGUACACAAACAAAAUAAUGGACUCAAUAAAAGGGACAAUGACUGAAAUAUACAACGAUCUUUCCAAAAGCACAUCAGGAAACACCAUUGCAGAGAUCCGGCGGUUAAGGAUAGAGAUUGAGAAGCUGCAGUGGCUGCAUCAACAAGAGUUGUCUGAGAUGAAACACAAUCUUGAACUGACGAUGGCAGAGAUGAGGCAGAGUCUCGAGCAGGAAAGAGAACGUUUAGUGGCUGAGGUGAAAAAGCAGACAGAGUUGGAAAAGCAGCAAGCAGUGGACGAGACCAAAAAGAAACAGUGGUGCGCUAACUGCAGGAAAGAGGCCAUCUUCUACUGCUGCUGGAACACCAGUUACUGCGAUUACCCCUGCCAGCAAGCACACUGGCCAGAACACAUGAAGUCCUGCACACAGUCAGACAGUCUUGCCACUGACGCAAGCUGUGAGGUAAGAGGCAAAUUCUGCAGACAAUCAAAAACAUAUACAGUACAUUGUAGAUGUUGUCAUUUUUAUAUUUUAAUUUUUUUCUUCCAGCCUCAGCUUCACAGCAGGAACCAGAAGCAGAGUCAAACUCAGACCCUACCGUGAAAUCAUCGGGCCACUCUCCUCCUGCCACACAGACCCUGACCCCAGGAGCAGGAUCCAUAUUGGACAAAAGCAACUCUCCCACAUUAAUUGAUAAGAGCAAGGACAGUGCUGGUGUUACUGUGACCUAACUGCUACACUACAGAUACUCUCGCACUUUGCAUUAACGCUGUAGGGCUUAUUAUGUCAGACAUAUUGUGUCAAACUUGGUGCUUGAAGGCCUCUGUGACAAAUCACUUUGAUUUUUCCAUUCCCAUAUGUACAUCUGCUUGGUAGAUUUCUUUUAUGUUUGGUUCAUCUCUCAUUCACAGUUUCCAUAAGUCUGUGAUCAGGUGGAUUCACCAUGUGAAAGUAGUCUGUCUUGAGAACUAAAAUGUGAGGUGGUUCGUUUUCAUACUGUAGUUAUGUUAUAGCUCUGUUUCCACUUUGUUUCAAGUCUGAACAAGAUUGUAUCAACCAGCAGAAUAUUUACACUUCUCAAUGCUGAUCUUAGUACUUCACAGCUGUUGUAUUUCUUUGAAUGCUCUCCAUAUAAUGAGACAAAAACAGUUAUUGAUGGAUAUUCAUUAAUCAUUGUGCCAUCACAGGUAUUUUGAGUUAUGCAAGUUCAACCUUUGUUCAACUUCUUUUUUUUUUUUUGUCCGCUUCAUGUCAGCUAAGAUUUUUUGAUUAAUACAAUGGGAAACAUUAUGUUUGCAACUAUGUCCUCUUCACGUCAGCUGGGGCAUUUUUGGCUCAUACCAAUUUUGUAUUGUUGUUCCACAUUGUAUAGAAAACCUACAUAAAAAUAUCUGUGAUUUAUAAAAAAAUAAAUAACUAAAACGUGUAAACUGUACAAAGUUUUGUAAGAAAGUACCAGGACAAUAUUUAUAGUGUUAUAUGUUUUUAUAGUAUGUUCACACAAAUCACAUUUCUAUGUGUCUAAAAAAAAAGUUAUUUGAAAAUAAAUUACUUGAUAUGAAUGUCAGCUCUGAGCGAAGCCUCUGUUUAUAACUGUUUAUCCAAAGCUGAUCAGGCUGAGUCUAUAAGAAGGUGGAAAGAUAGAAACUGCAUUUGGCUGGAUAUUAUUUCCUGUGAGCAUGUCUGUUUUGACCUUGUGUUCGUGUUUACAUAUUGUACAUAAAAUAAAUGGACUUGUGAAGAAAAAAUAAAAGUGCUCUGAUCAACCUUA